AUGAAUUUAGUGGAGUAUUGUUGUAUCAAUAAUUAUUUAUCAGUCAAGCUUCUUUAAUCGUCAUAAUAAUGAUCAGUAAAUAAAUAAGAUAUUGCGGAUUUAUUAUGAAAAUAUUUAAACAUUAGAUUACAUUGAGCUAUGUAAUACACUAUUGUAACGUUCUGACCUGCAGUUUCUUUGAGGAUGGACGUAGAAGGUACUAAACGUUCCACCUCAUACAAUGUUAAAACAGUAUGCGUUAUAAUAGGUGGAAUACUUGUUCAUCUGUGUUUGGGAAGUUUCUAUAUAUUUGGAAACAUAAGUCCGUAUAUGAUAUCAUAUCUUCGUAACAGAACAAGUGAAAUCUCAUUACGUAACACGGAUAACCUUUGGAUCUCAAAUGCCGCAUCUUUGGCCGGACCGUUCUCUUUGACAAUAGGUGGAUUGUUGGACAGAUAUUUAGGUGUACGAAUAGCGACCGCAGUUGGAUGUACCUUAUAUUGCGCUGGUGUUGGACUUACAUAUUUUUCUAUAAAGAAAUCACUACUUUUUGUCGCUUUGUCCUAUGGUCUUCUAGCAAAUUUUGGAUCAUUUAUUGCAUAUGGACCACCGGCUCAGACAGCGAUCAAGUGGUUACCGGAAAGACCAACAUUUGCUGUUGGGAUGAUAGUGUGUGGAUUUGGAGGAGGUGCACUGAUUUUCAAUCAAGUUGUGACAGCUUAUAUCAAUCCGGAUAAUCUCUCACCCGAUCUGGAAACAGCAGAUGGUGAAAAAUAUUUUACUAAUAAAGAAGUACUAGACAGAAUACCCAAGGUGUUUGUUCUUCUAGCAGGAAUUUAUGUCAUUGCCCAGUUUCUUGGGAUUAUUCUUAUAUUUACACAUCCGAGCGAUAAAAAGGUGCAGAAAACAGGAAAUAAAAUAGACACAAAACUAAUACACGAUACAGAAGAAAAAUCUAAAUAUGGUGCCAUAGCUAAAGACGAAGAAGACCUGAGUGUUAAUGGAGAAAAUAGCCAGGAUGAAGACCAGACGUCUGUUACAAAAGAAUCUGUGAAAUCCGUCUUAUGGAAAGUUGUCAGGAAUAAAAAUGCUUGGUGCUGGUUGUUUAUACUGUUCCUAAUUUACGGUGGAAUGACUUUCUUUAACAGUUUAUAUAAGGCGUAUGGUCAAACCUUUAUAUCUGACGACCAUUUUCUGGCAUCUGUUGGCUCAAUAUCUUCAAUUUUCAACUGUAUAUUUCGUCCUAUUUGGGGGAUAAUAAUGGACAAAUAUGGGUUCCAGAUGGCGGUUAAGUGUGCAUCCGCCUUAUUUGUGUGUUUUGCGUGUACAAUUUUACACACAGAAUCUCUCGGUAAAGCAGCAUUUCUUGUGUGGAUUUGUGGACUUUAUGCCAGCUCAGCUUGUGUUUGGUCGAUUGGUCCAGCUACUUUUGCAAAAUUAUUCGGAGUGGAGCAUAUGGCUAUCAAUAUGGGGUUUAUAUUUUUAGCAGUUACUGCAGCGGCUAUUACCGGUGGGUUUGUAGGUUUGAAUCUUCAAAGUCAGUUAGGAUGGCAUGGUCUGUUUCUUCUGGCAGGAAGUAUGGGAGCUACAGCUUUCGCAAUAACAUUCCUUUUCAAUGGUAAGGAUACAAAAGGCAAAACUAUAUAAAUGACAAGAAGAGAAUGAAGAACUGAAAGCAAGUGGUUCAUUUACAACAGUCACUACGCAGACAUGAGAAGACAUUUCAAGAAAUCUCCUGUGUUUCAGGAUUAUAACAGAUGUUAGAACAUUUGCAUAAAAAUUCAAAAAUUAUAAACAUUAUCAUACUUACCAAUCUUCUUAUAAGUCUCCUUAGGCACAGUGAAUGUUAAGAUGCAAUAUGCUCUUCAUCUAUGUUUUGAAGGUACAUCCGUGACCGAGCGUGUUUAUAGUUUUGGUUAUACUGCGAACAAUUUCUUUUAGACAAAAUUUAGAAUUUCUAUUGUAAUAUGUUUUAGUUUUGAAUAAAUAUUGUCAUCUUCGA